GGAACAGAUACGCCAAGGGCUGGAGGAGCUGCAGAAAGUCCUUCCAGGAGGCGACACGUACAUGCAUGAAGGAUUUGAAAGGGUAACUGGCUCAAUCUUGCAGUCUUUUUCUUUAGGUUAUAGAACUGCAAGUGUCAUCAUUGCGCUGACGGAUGGAGAGCUGCACGAGGACCUCUUCUUCUACUCGGAGAGGGAGGCCAACCGGUCGCGGGACCUGGGAGCUACUGUGUACUGUGUUGGUGUGAAAGACUUCAACGAGACACAGCUGGCCAGAAUUGCCGACAGCAAAGAUCAUGUCUUCCCAGUGAACGAUGGUUUUGAAGCUCUUCAGGGGAUCAUAGACUCCAUUUUGAAGAAGUCAUGCAUUGAAAUUCUGGCUGCAGAACCUUCCAGCAUAUGUGCAGGGGAGUCGUUCCAGGUGGUCGUGAGAGGGAACGGAUUUCGCCAUGCCCGUAACGUUGACCGAGUGCUCUGCAGUUUCAGAAUCAACGACACGGUUACUCUCA